AUGAAGCAAGAGGUGGAGACCGGCUAUAUGGGCUACGACUCCAACAACAAGGUCGCUUGGCUCAAGGAGCGGCGCGAGGAGCAGUCCAACCCGGACGGCCUCAACUACCCGGAGGAUGAAGAGCUCGACAACAAAGCCUUCGAUGAUAGCGAGAAGCUUUUCACCGACCUGGCGACGGCCAUUGCACCUCUGAUACACACGUUGGGUGUCAGCUUUAGCUACAUCAUGAACCCUCUCCUGCGAGUGUCCAUGACGAAGAACGAAGAGGAGGAUUACUUGCCCGAGUCCGUGCGGGACAUGAUGCAAGAUCCAGAUUCGGGUUGGACGGUGCCUGUUCAGGAGUACCUCUUCUUCUCUCGACGGAGAAGGCUCUGUGUGAUGCAUCUCAUCGAAGCCGAAGGGGGCGAUGUGUGGUUCUACCCGAAGGAUGGCGCCCUCCUCUCUGGUGGUCAGCGGAGCAUGCGGGUACCAGCUGCUCCCAACAAGCUCCUGAUUUUCCGUCACGACAUCAUGGACUACUCCUUUCAGGGCGUGGGCCGGAGCUUGGCGCUGCAGGCUUGGCUCAUGCAGGACAUCGGCAAGUCCCAAGCGAUUCGAGAGAUGUAUCUGAACUUGGGAAAGAUGGGAGACUCGGGCGAGGUGGUGUGCAACCCUGGGCCCGAAGUUCCAGAUGGGCCCAAGGCAAGCAUCAUGGCCCUGACCACGCGGCUUCCUGGGGAGGCCUGGUCUCCGGCGCAAUAUUGGUCUAUGUACAGCUCAGGCACGGACGGCUGCUCACAGUGGCCCUACUCACGCUGGGAGACGGAACCUUACUACGAGGAGGGCGCCGACUCCAUUGCCACCGGCAAAUCCUACACAUGCCAUGGUGGGUUUGUCAGUCAAGACCAGAUCACUCAAUUCGACAACGUUUUCUUCGGCAUCGAUGAGACGGAAGCUCGGUCCAUGAUUCCCGGCCAAAAGAUGUCGAUGGAGGUUGGCUACGAGUGUCUCGUUGCAUCGGGAUUCAACAAACACAGCUUGAAGGGCCGGCGCAUGGGCAUCUGGUUCGGAGAUGUUGGGCCCGACUGGCACAGCUUUCAGACAGAGUGGGCAAGGUUUUGUCCUGACAUUUGCCCAACGAUGAUGGGUCUCAGCAUGAGCUGUGCCACCACAGCCGCGCGCAUCGCCCAUACCUUCGACAUCCGCGGGCCAGUUUCCUCCUACGACACGGCUUGCUCGGCCUCCUUGGUCGCAAUGAACGCCGCACACCUGUGCAUGUUCGACUCGGACCCACCGAAGCCCGACAACGCCGAAGCGUUGAUCGUGGGCGUCAACACGCUGCUGGGACCUGGAUCCUUUAUAGGCAACUGCAUGGCCACGAUGCUCUCACAUCAAGGCCGAAGCUUCAGCUUCAACCGCAGUGCUGAUGGCUACCAGCGCGGCGAAGGCUGUGGAAGUGUCUUCGUGAAGCUGUACCAGGGUGAUAAGCGUGAUGAAGAAGAGCGUGUCUGUGCACUCAUUGGCACGGCAACCAAUCAGGAUGGCCGAAGUGCAAGCUUGACGGCUCCCAAUGGCCCAGCGCAGCAGGCGGUGAUCAAGAAAUCCAUGCGUUUCGCGGGCAUCAACCCGAACACCGUGUCCAUAGCCGAGUGCCACGGCACGGGAACUGCUCUCGGAGACCCAAUCGAAGUCGGCGCGCUCAUGGCAGUCAUGCAUGAGCGGAAAGUCCCAAUCCUGAAGACCAGCGCCAAGAGCAAUGUUGCUCACUUGGAGGCCGGUGCCGGGAUCGCCGGCUUGACCAAGUGCAUCAUGAUGAUCAAUUUCGGCACGGCGCCUCCGAACUGCCACUUCAACAUCAUCAACCCGCACUUGACCAUCGAGGGUUAUCCCGUGUACUUCGACUCGGAGGACAUCGACGUUGGCCUCAGCAGUUUGUACUGUGGGGUUUCGUCCUUCGGGUUUGGCGGCACCAACUCUCGAGCGGAUGUCUACGGGUACGCGACGAAGGGGCACAAGGCGGCCAUGAAGGCCAACUUGCCGACGCCGUCUCUGCCGAGGGCCUUGCACAUCGGGCAGACGCUCUACAUCAGCGGCUCUUGGGACAACUUCGGAUCUUACAAGGCAAUGGAUGGCGGAAGGUACGGUCAGUACACUUGCACGAUUGCUCUGGGUGAAAGCCUGUGCGCAGAGUUUCAGCUGUCCUGCACCCAAGACAGCUUGGAGGUGAUCCAUCCCCUCAUCAAGAAGGCCGACAGUACGGAGCAGAUCGUCGGGCCCGACUACGCAGGGAAAGGGCUGAACUUCUUUAUCGACGGGAAGAAGGACGGCGCAUCACCGGGUGACUUGUAUCAGAUCGACUUCAAUUGGAUGGACGACAAGAAGACCAUCUCCUGGAUGCCCGUGGAGGCCGACGCAUCCCUGGAUGUCCCGGAGGUGCAGGAUGGGCAGCCCGACCAGCUGGAGGAUUAG